AAAGUAAAUGAAUGAACAAAGUGUAUAAAGCCUAUUUUGGAGAAUAAAUUAAUAACGAGUACUAUUUUUGUCUAAAUGUUAAUUUGACAUGUUAAAUAAUAUUUUAAUACAAUUGCCUGCUUGAGAUAAAUAAAUGAGAAAGUUAGUUUUGGUCGGCAUAUAAACAAAAAUAGGCAGUGUUUUGUUGACUUAGUCACAGGUAUCCUAUGGCAGUAUUGGCAAACUCAUCAGUAUAAAUGAAAAAUGGCCCAAAGCUCGCACGGAGGCAGCCACAGGCGGAGCAGAGACCACGAUGGAGGUGGUAUGCGAUACACCAACACCGACUGGGAGGCCAAGGAGGCUCUCUACCAGAGGGAACUCGACGAAGCGAGGGCUAGGGCCACGCAGAUGGAGAAAACCAUGAGAUGGUGGUCGGACUGUACGGCAAAUUGGCGCGAAAAGUGGAGCAAAGUCCGCAACGAACGGAACAAGGCGCGCGAGGAAGCAAAACAGCUAAAAAACAAAGUUGACACACUUUCCAAAGAGCUGGCCACUUCCAAAACUGAGAAGACAGACCUAGAGCAACAGUUAAACGAAUUGAAAAGAGACAACGAAAAGCUUUUAAGUAUAGGAGAGAGCAGGAUACUGGGCGGCGAUCUUACUACCGAAGACGGGGUAGAACUGAGGCGGAAAAAUGUAGGAUACCUAUCGCCUAGUGAACCGUCAGCCCGACAAAGAGCCUCCUUAGACUCGCACAAAUUCUCUAACGUAGACAAUGUCCUCGCAAAUAAAUUGAGCGAGCUCAGGCUGCGUUUGGACGAAACGUGCAAGAAUCUCCAAAGUGAAAAGGAUGAGAAAGCAUUCCUUCUAUCUAAAAUAGAAACUUUGACUGCAGAGUUGCAUAACACGAAGUCAGAAAUAACUCACAGUGACCGGACCUUAGGGUCCACAGAUUCGAGUCAUAGCGAGGUAGAAAGACUUCAGAAUGAGCUGCAGGACGAAAUAGCAGCUAAACAGGUCUUAGAAGAAAAGACGGCUGAACUGAAAAUGGAGAUUGAAAGGUUGAAAUCAGAAAACACGAUACAGUGGAGCAAGCGGGAGUUGCUAGAAACUGAGAAUAUAGCGAUACUCAGAGAGAAUAAGAAAUUGUACAGCCAAGUGUGCGAGUUGAGAGAACAGAUACACAAACUCAACCGAAUAUCGGACGGGAGCGCUUAUUUCAGCGACCACAAUAGACUAGAGUCAAAUAUACUGUACGUCAGAAAGACUAGCGCAAGUCCAAGAUCCCACGAGUCCAGUAACGGGUCAUCAGAAGCCAAUCUGCAUUUCGACGCCAAAACUAAUACUUCCGGAGAAGACGACGAAUUAGCGAUAGUAGAAAGAAGUGAUAACUGUUAAAAUACCUUUUCUCGGCUUUUCACGUGAUCUUUAAGCUCUGAAAUUACAAAAUUGCAGUUAGCAAGAAUCGCAAGUAGAACUAUCAAAGUUCUGUCAAAUUUGAAUUAGGAUCGCUGUCUGUGGUAUACGUAAUUUAUUCUUCUUUGAACUUAGGUCGGAGUUGUUGAAAGAGGUUGUAUUUAAAAACUGUUAUUUAUGGUUCUGUGAAAAUCCUGAUUCUGCAAUAUGUACUAAAUAUUCUUAGCGCUUAAGGUACAAAUGGCUAUUUAAAAUGAUACAGGGAAAAUGGUCAACUAGAAGAAAAGCCAUAUUAUCGGUUUUGCCAAACUAGGCUCACCAAUGUAAGCUAGAUGAAACAUUAUUAUGACUUUCGAAUAAAUAUAGCGUUGCAGGCUCUAUUGUAACAACUUAGAAAAAAAAAUAGAUCUGGUAAAUUAUUUCAUAGUAGAGACUAAAAAACAGUAUCUGCUAGAGAGCCAAAUAUUGUCACAAAAUAUUGCAUUAAAGAGCAUUUAAAGAAUAUUAAAUCAUUCCAUUGCGUUCCAAAGCGAUCAUAAAUAUUAUCUGAAUGAGCAAUCAUCAUAAUUAUAAUAAAAACAUUUACCGCCUUUACACUUGUAAGUUUUUCUUAUGUAAAAAGCUUCCGUACCUAAUUAAAUUAUGAUAAAUUCCUAAAACUCAAAAAUGUUUGUUCAAAUUAGGCUGAUAAAUCAGCAAUUUUCGAACGUCAAAAACAAAAGACAGCCCUCAAAACGCCCGCCCUUCACCACUUCCUAUGUGUUUUUGCUGGGAUGAAGUGGCGCAAGAAACUCCACAGCAACACAUGUCUGUCUAUAUUUAAACCUCCUUAAGUCGCUUACAGUAUUAUUUUAGUACUUCUCACGACUUACGGAGGUUACUUACGUAUUUUUUCGGAAGCAACUUACAGGUGUAAAAGACGGUGUUACAGAUAUACCAACGCUUUUACAUGAAUUUUAGCGAAAAACAAAAUUAGAUGAUGCUGGGUAAAGGUUACAGUAUACUGCAUACUAGUACAUGUGUAAUACAUUUUUUUUACAAAUAUUCAUUGCAAAGACGUUACAUUCCUGCAGACAUAUAAUUUUAGUGAAGAAAUAUAACUAUCUAUAGUUAUUACUUGACUAUAUAAUUGAGAGGAAACGAUUUGAAAUAAAAAAUCGGUUAAAAAACUUUUAAGUUAAAUUAUCUUAUGUGCACUAAAAACUAGAAAAUAAAAAAAUUGUUAUACCUAUCAACCUACGUAGGUGGUCCCGGUCAUAUUAGACUAAAAUAUAAAAUAUUUCACUGUUGGCAAGCUACACUCCUCCCGAGUGGCAUAGGCUAUAUUCUAUCCCGGUACGUGCAGAAGUUCCCACGGGACUCGAGUGAAACCGCGGGAAAUCGGCUAAAAACGUAAUGUCGGAAAAAAUAUAUUAAAAAUAACUGUAACCUUUGCCCUAAAGAAAUAGAAAUGUGAAGACUAGAAUCAUAUAGGUGUUACUUAAUACUCUAGUGUUUGUUGAUCAUUGUGAUAGUCUAGUUUUACAAUAUAGGACGACUUUCAAAAUAUUAACAGAGGCCUAGCAUAAAACUUUCCACCUUAUUAUAAAACGUGGUUUUAAAAAAGUACCAGCUUUAGCACUAGGUUUAAACCAUCGUCCCGAACAAAGUCAAUAGUUUACCUAACACCUAGACUAAAGACUUCUAAAAUCCACGUUUUAUAAUAGAUAAGGUGGAUGAAAUCUUAACUGAUUAUUUCCGUAAAAAAUAAAUACCUUAAACAAUCUGGCAGCGUAAUUGACGUUAGAAAUUAAAACUAAACUAACUAAGAACCAAAAUAUUCUGUUUAAAUAUGAAAAGGUAGAUAGGCCCAAAAUAUCUACAUGUUCUGCCCGUUAAACUUUAUAUACAACAUAUGAUCAAGCAUAGGUACAUCACAGCGAUAGGAAUUUCGGGAUUUUUCGAUUGCAUACUAUUAGAGAUUUCAUGACCUUCAUUUGAAAUAUAGCUAUUGGAGGGUAGAAUAAAGUGCUUCUGAUUUACUAUUUCUAACAUGUACAACAAUUAGAAAACUGGUUGACAACUUUAAGAUUCAAUAUUUUACUACUUCAUAUUCCAUCGGCAUUUCAAGAGAUGUACGGAAUAAGACAUGCUCAUAUUCAACUCUCCAAUAGCUACUAUUCACGUUAUAAUAACGAUAUUUACUAGAACAGCUAAACUAAUUUUAACAAUGCUUAAUUUUAAGGCCUAAUCUGCGUAUUUUGUAUACUUUUCUAAGUUAUUUAUUUGCUUUACUUGCCUUGCGGCAUAAUAUUUACAUGUUGACUUUCAAAAUGUGAUUUUCAUGUCAAGAUAUAGUUGUGUGCAUAUUUGGACGAAGUUAUCAAUCUUGGAAAAUGUGAAAAUUUUCGCCCAAAAAUAAAAUUUUCAUUCCCCUUACACAUUUUUACUAUUUAUUUUAUUCAAAUCAUCAUCCAAGUUUAUUAAAACCUUUAAUUUGCAUUGGCCUAAGAAAUGAAGUUCAAACAAAGUGUCCUACAAUACGAUAUUAAAAUUGUAUAGUAAAAUAUUAUAAUGUACCUACCUAAUUAUUAGAUAUCAAUAAAGAAAUGUCGUGUA